AUCCAAUCCCGAUUGCUUUGCACCGACGACGAGACCUCGCCCUCCCUCCCUCCCUCUCCAUCCCUGCCGUAGCCGCAUCCCCGCGAGGCUGCUGAGUCAAGAUAUAUGAAUUGAUGGAUCUGUCCACAACUUCUGUCAUGGCGGCUAAGGCCUACCUGUACAAAGCAGAGUCGCUGGUUAAGGAAUAUCUUCUUGCAGAUUCAUAUGUUUCCUACACUGCUGUGCUUGGUGGGAUCCUGAUUUGCAAGAUGGUCUAUGACAUCACACACCUAGUCAGCUCAUUCUACUACAAGAGUUAUGCUUCUCUUACAAAAGCCCAAAAGCUUGAGUGGAACAACAGGGGCAUAUCCACUGUCCAUGCAAUAUUCAUCACAUACAUGUCAGUGUACCUAGUAUUCUUCUCCCACCUAUUCUCUGAUCAUCUGGAUGGACCAAUAACCUCGCGGAAUUCAAACCUCUCUAAUUUUACACUGGGGGUUUCUGUUGGGUACUUCAUCACUGACAUUGCUAUGAUAUUUUGGGUUUAUCCUUCCUUGGGUGGAAUGGAGUAUGUUCUUCAUCACAUCCUGUCACUUAUAUCAAUAGUCUAUUCUAUAUAUUCCGGGGAAGGCCAGCUGUAUACAUACAUGGUUCUUAUCUCUGAAGCAACCACACCUGGAAUCAACCUCCGCUGGUUUCUUGAUACCGCUGGACUAAAAAAAUCCAAGGCCUACCUUGUGAAUGGUGUCUGGAUGGUUGUUGCAUGGCUGGUGGCACGGAUACUUCUGUUCAUCUACUUGUUCUACCACAUCUACUUCCACUAUGAUCAGGUCAUGCAGAUGAAGACCUUCAGCUGCCUUCUGGUAUUUGGUGUGCCCACGGUACUACUUAUCAUGAACACGGUGUGGUUUGCAAAGAUCUUGAGAGGCCUUAAGAAGACAAUGGCCAAGAGGGAUUGAAGAAGAGAAGAAUGGCAGACGCAAGCUCAUGGCCCAUCUACAGAAAUCACCAUCCUACGUUACAGUCACAUACAACUACAUAUACUUCCGGAGUAAAGCUAGAUAGUGCAACUCGUAGCGCAAACUAAUAUCCCGUGUACAUGAUCCAGAAAUGCGCUUUAGCACGGCCCCGGAUUUUCCACGGAUAUUCUCUAUCCUGUACAUAUCCCAUCUGGAUACUGCUUAGGAAGCUCCUUACUACUUGUGCAUUGGAUGCUUCUAAGCCUCGACAACUGAGGUAGUUGGUCACCAAUGUGACCUUUGAAAGGUUGAGACCUGAAAAUCUGUUUCUACUUACGACUCGGAAUGUGA